GUCGCGGCGCGCGGCGGUGGCGGGAGAGGCGCGGCGGCGGCGGCGGCAGUUCUCUAAAUAGAUUAGAUGGCUGCUCCUGAGAAAGAUCCAGACCUGAGGCUCCUACAGAAGAAUCCAUCAGACCCCAGCACCUGUCAGAAGAGCAGGUUCCUGGAGAGUGAGUGGAAGACACCGAUGGGGUCCCUGGGGUCCCUGAGCCGCUGUCCCAGCGUGGCCGAGAGCGGGGAUGGGGGCAUUGGCACCUCCUGCUCGGACAGCACCGAAGACUUCUGCAAUUCCAGUAGCGGUUCCUCAUUCCAUCCCAUCAAAACCCAGGUGACCAUUCCGACAGCCCACGUUAUGCCUUCCACGCUGGGCGCCUCGCCCUCCAAGCUGGACCAGGGCUGUUCCCAGAGCUCUGCAGGGCCAGGCUCUGCCCCUGACCGCCCGGGGCUCGCCAGGAACGGGGACCUGAACGCCGGGAAGUCCUCUCAGGUGCCACCCAGGGAGCUGCUGCGCCUCGGCAGGGCUGCGGGGGACAGGGGCUGCGAGCACGCCAGGACGGAGGGCGCCUGGAAGUUUGACACCCCUGCCAUCGAGCAGACCCUUAACCAGUCUCUCUUCCUGGACAGCCUGUGCACCGACCCUCUGCACAGGUGCCACAAGUUCAGCCCAAGCCCUGAGGCGGGCAAGGACCAUUACAAGGUGCUGCCAGAGAGCAAACAGGCGCCGGGGGCCAACGGAGGCUGCGAGCCCCGGGACGGGCCGUGGCCCAGCGGCAGCAGGCUGGUGCCAGCGGGACUCCAGGCCAGCACCUUCUAUUCCAAAGCUGGAGCAGCUCCCCCAGGCCGGGCGUGGAUGCAGGAGGGCUGCACGCUGCACCAGGGAGCCUGCGAGCUCAGUGCCUGGAAGCAGCAGCUGGACAAAGUGCGGCUGCAGGUGGAGCAGAUGCAGUUGCAAAAUGGAGGCACCUGCCCCCAUUCCUCCAUGUAUUCCACAUCCCUGCCUGCACCUGACCCAGCUCAGUGGAUCAAUAUCCUGAACUCCAAUGAAAACCUGCUCAAGGAGAAAGAGCUCCUCAUUGACAGACAGAGGCAGCACAUUUCCCAGCUGGAGCAGAAGGUCCGGGAGAGUGAGCUGCAGGUUCACAGUGCCCUGCUGGGCUGCCCAGCCUCCUAUGGAGACGUCUACAUGCUGAGAAUGCAGGAGCUGCAGCGGGAGAACACCUUCCUCCGAGCACAGUUCACAGAGAAGACAGAGUCCCUCAGCAAGGAGAACAUUGAGCUGGAGAGGAAGCUGGCUGCUGCAGAGGUGGAUGUGAAGCUGGUCCGGGAGUCCCUGAAGGAGACGGUGCAGAAACAUGCAGAGGAGUUGAAGAAACAGGAAGAAAGGGUAAAGGGAAGAGACAAACACAUUAAUAACCUUAAAAAGAAAUGCCAGAAGGAAUCUGAACAAAACAGAGAGAGACAGCAGAGAAUUGAGACCCUGGAACGAUACCUGGCUGAUCUGCCAACCCUUGAGGAGCACCAGAAACAGAGUCAGAAGCUGAAGGAAUCUGAGCUGAAGACCACUGCCCUGCAGGAAACAGUGCUGGCACUGGAAACAGAGCUUGGAGAUGUCCAGGCUGCUUUCAGGGAGCAAGAGCUGCAGCUGGAAACCCAAAAGCACAAGGAGAUGGAGCUUCUGUCCACUGUGCACAGCUUGCAGGACAAGUUGCAGCAGUAUGCAAAGAAUGCAGAGAGAGGACCCCCUGCCCAGGAUGGGGAGAGGCAGAAAAUGGAACAUGACUCUCUGAAGAAGGAGUGUGACUGCCUCAGGAAGAUUGUGGACAAAAAGCAGAAGAAGAUGGAGCAGUUAUCCUUGCAAGUCAAGAACCUGCAAGAACAGGUGGCCCAGGAAGAGGGGACAAGCCAAGCUCUGAAAGAGGAGGCGAUGAGAAGGGAAAAUGCUCUGCAGCAGCUCCGGGCUGCCGUCAAAGAGCUGUCCAUGCAGAACCAGGAGCUGAUCGAGAAGAACCUGACGCUGCAGGAGCGGCUCCGGCAGGCCCAGCUGACAGCCCAGCCCCUGCCUGCUGACACAGCCCGCCUGGCCCAGGAGCUGCACGGGGAGCUGGCCAGCUGCCUGCAGGAUCUGCAGUCUGUCUACAGCAUCGUCACCCAGAGGGCUCAGGGCAAGGACCCCAACCUCUCUCUGCUCCUGGGCAUUCACUCUGUGCAGCACCCUGUGAAGGAGAAGGAUGACCUGCUCAGCCCCGACGGACUGGCCAAGAAACUGGUGGAGGUAAAACAGCUUCACAAAGAGGUGGAGGACUUGAGGACUGCAAUAUCUGACAGAUACGCUCAGGACAUGGGAGACAACUGCAUCACCCAGUAAAGAACACUCCCAAAGUAAGACAGGGAAUGAAGACUUGAAACUCUCAGGAGUCUGUGCUCCUACAACCCUAAACCUAUUCAGCACUUUACCACCCCACUGCUCGGGUACAGGACGUGUGACUUAUCUGAUCUGUGAGGAAUCAGGGGGUUUGUUGCCAGAAGUGUUCAGCUGCUGACUGGGAUAAUUCAGGGCUUCAGUGUCAGGCUUUGCAGUAGCUUUGAUCUUGUGGAAUGUGUUUUAUACUGUGUUUACUGGAGCUGCUGUGGUCUCUGGAGCUGGGAGAUGAAUUCUGACUUGCCUUCCAGGCGUGUCAAAUGCUGAACAUGCAAGUGUGACGGUUAAAAUAAUGGCUAAAA